UAACAUUUUUUAAAAAUUAUUUUUACAGUUUUUUUUCUCUUACCAGGCCAAGCCCACUUCAGCUGCUAUACCGCUGUUGUUUUCAGAAGCGACCUGCCCACAACAAAGUGGCUUAUCAACGUGUGGAAAUGUCUGUCGGUCAAAUACUCUAAACGCGUGGUGAUGUUGACUCUUAAUGUGGAGGGAAAAACCCUGAGGAUCCGGAGGAAAAUCCACGCGACCACGGGGAGAGAGACACGCAAACUCCAAAUAUACGUCCUUAAUACAGAAUUGGUCUGAUGGAGCAAAGGGACUCGGCGCAGCUCGGUACAAGAAGGAAACAAUGCGACCAGUAUGCAGACAGCACGGAUCGUACUGGAAGUUUGACACAACACCAGAGAACUCACACAGGAGAGAACCCCUUCAAGUGCAGUGUGUGUGAGAAGGCAUUUGCAACGUUAUCAAAUGUUAAGCGCCACCAGAGAACACACACAGGAGAUAAACCCUUCAAGUGCACUGUGUGUGAGAAGGCAUUUGCAACGUUAUCAAAUCUUCAGAGCCACCAGAGAACGCACACGGGAGCUAAACCCUUCAAGUGCACUCUGUGUGAGAAGACAUUUGCACGGUCAUCACAUCUUCACGACCACGAAAGAACACACACAGGACAGAAACCCUUCAGGUGCACUAUGUGUGAGAAGGCAUUUGCACAGUCAUCACAUCUUCAGAGCCACCAGAGAACACACACAGGAGAGAAACCCUUCAAGUGCACUGUGUGUGGGAAGGCAUUUGCACAGUCAUCACAUCUUCAGAGCCACCAGAGAACACACACAGAGAAACCCUUCAAUUGCACUCUGUGCAGGAAGGCGUUUGCACUGUCAUCACAUCUUCAAAGACACCAGAGAAGACACAGGCAUCAGAAGAUCCCCAAGGAGCGGGGUCUGAAAUCGGCUUGUGUCAGUCCAAGUGCUGCAAUGAGCCCAUCCCUGCUGAAAAAAGAACCAGAAUUUAAUUCCAGCUUGGACGCAAUUAAAUGUAUCAAGGUAGAUUUUGAAGAGGUGAAAUGUGAAGAAGUGAUGGUGAAGAGCGAAGAAGCGAUGGUAAAAUGUGAAGAUGAAGAUUCAACUACAAAAUCGGACCUUUACAUCGAUGGAGGCAACGUGAAGCAGGAGGAGAAUUCUGACUGUGAGGCAGAGCGAGACAACUCCCAGGAGUUUGUGGAAGUGGAGGUGUGGGUGGACUUCUUAGACAAUACAACGUCAAAUGGAGACCCGGUAGAUGUGUAAGCUUGAGACAAUGAAGCUCCAAUAUAUGCACCUUUGUCACAGGCCUUUAAUUAAAAUAACGUGAAGUUGCACACUAAAUUCCUAGGUUCAACCUGCAGAGUAAGAGCAGCCAGUAUUUGCGAACCUGUGGGUUGGGUAGAUCUCUAACCAGGAGCCAAUAAUCUCCGAAGCAUUCUCUGUUAUACUAUGUUAUAAUAAUUUUAGCAUUUACAUGGUGCUUGCUUAAUCGCCUCAGCAACUCAGUUUUGUAUCAUCUCAUCACAAACACUCGAAGAGCAUGUUGUAUAUAUGCCUUUUCCAUAAAAUUAUUAUGAGUGAUUUUUUUCUAUUUUUUGUAAUAAUUUUGAUCGGGAUGUAGCGCUGUGGCAUGGAAAGGGUGAGUCUCCCCCCCUGCCUCCUGCCUUGCCACGCAAAAGACAGCUGUAGGAUAAUUACUCACAAGCCUGUUUGGGAAGUCAUAAAAUGUAAUACAAAAUGGCAAACCCAAGGGGAGGGGGUCUAAUGAGAUUCUGCGGGAAGUCCCUAGUUGACUUCAAGAGAAGGCCGCCAUAAAGGAAAAACCCCACAAUAAAACAAAAGACGAAAACAGCAGUGGUCAUGAACCUCCCUUGGACAGCGAAAUUCACCCAAGGGCAGUUAAUCAUUACGAGUUAACUGGGGUUUUUAAAAAUACAACAGUAAGGUUUUAAGCUUAGCUAUAUCUUCAACCUCAGGAUAUCAAAAUAUAACUUGAGAAUAAGAAGCACGGAUCCCUGGCAAUACAGACUGGGAACAAAUGUUAAUUAAACCCUCGUAAUAUCCUUGGUAACAACUAUGGUAUACCACAAAUCUUGGUUAAGCAUAAACCAAGUAAUUAUGAAAGUAUUAGACCUAGGGUCAUUCGGAAGAGAUAAUGCGAAAUAUGUCAAUCAAACGACCAAGAUAAUAUGUAUUCCACGGGAUCAGAGCCUCGCCCAACCGCCUUUGUCUUCCAGUAGCUAACACAGUACAUGGUCAGUUUAACACGUAGGCUUUCGCGACCAAUAUUAGUCAAAUGUGUCGUAACCCUCCACCAUCCGACACUGACAAACAGUAAAAAAAAAUAUGUCGCGUUUUUUACCAAGACAAAUAGUUCACUACUUUAGCCCACCACCGGUGUGUUGAGUGAUUCAACAUCAUUUAAAAAUUUUAGUACAACAUUUCGCUGGUAAUUACAUCCAGCAUCAUCGGGCAAUUUGCCAGAAUGGUGAGGACCUCCACUCGCUCCCGGUCUUAAAUGGAGCAACAGGGUGAUGUCAUCUUUUAGCUCAAUCUGGUGCAGUGAUUCGAGACAGGGAGGGUAUUGUAAUUAUAUAAUUGACUAGCUUUACUACCUGGCUUCGCCCGGGACUUAGAUUCACUACGCCUGGCCGCCUUUGUCUCCCCAGUGGCGAUGUUCACACACCAUACCAGUUACUCGUUUGAGGCUGAGUCGACCUAGGGGAGGCCCAGGACCGGUUCAAAUUAUCGUCACCGGUAGUGGCCGUGAGCGGGAAUCAAACUCUGAUCGCCAGGUUCGUAGCGCAGCCCGCUAACCACUACACUACAAUGCGUUACGCUUCCACAUGCGCGGGUCACAUGACAGAUUUGAUGUCACAGCUCACGCAAAAAAUAUAUGCUCCCCCCAAAAAAAAGUGUGUACAGUCUGGAAAGUACCCACAUGGCAAGUUUGUUGCAUAUCGGGAAGUACGCUAAACAUUUUGAACAGACACACAUAAUCACAACUUUGGCUUUUAUGUGUAAUGGGUUCCGGAGACACUUGUAGACGUAACUUCUUUAUUACGAUACCACACUCCAACAGUCCUCUGUUACAACCUAGGGACACAGCCUAGGGACACAGCCUACUCUGGCUACGCUCUCGGGUCCUCCGGCUACAAUUACCCUAGGGGAGGCUACCUGACCCGACCCAGCCAAGGUGCGGGUCUCGACUCUGGCUUCCUUGAAACUCGCCCUUACAAGGACGUAGAGCCGGAAGUCCCAGAGUCCCACCACUGCCCGCACAGCGUGCCGGCCCUUACAAGGACAAGCGGGGCGAGGGGGUCCAGGGUCCUAUACUGGCUGGUCUUGGGUCUUGAGCUGUGACUGGUCCCGAUCGACUGGGGAGGUCCCCUUUAAUGUCCCUUUGCCCAUCAAGGGGUGGCGUUACGUGGGAUCGUAGAUCCCCCGCAGCCCCCCCCCCCUUUUGGCGGUACGGGGCACCCUUGCAGAUGGACCUCG